AAUCUGCAGAUAUCUGCUUUAUAUCCGUGGGCAUCUGCAUCUGCGGAUGUGAAUGUGGAUAGCCCUGGCUGAUUUUUGUGGGUUCAAAUGUUGUGUUUAGAACCCUGCAAAUUUGCUGAUCUCUUUAUAUCUGUGGGUAUCUGCCCCUGCAAAUGUGGAUGCAGACGUCAGUAGAUACAUUUACAGGGAUCUAAUCACAUGCUUGGGUACCUAGGGUUGGCAGAUGACGAGAGCAGGGAACCCAAGAAGAACAGCGCGGAGCGACUGAAGUCCUGCUGUUGGUUUAACAGGACUGGAUGGAGCAGCCCAGCAUGGCUAAUGCUUUUCAAGCAAUCUACAAUUAUGAUGCUGUCCAGGAUGUGGAGCUCUCCUUGCAUAUUGGGGACACAGUUCACAUUUUGGAGAUGUAUGAAGGUUGGUACAGAGGAUACACGCUCAGAAACAAAGUGAAGAAGGGCAUUUUCCCCAAAAGUUACAUUCAUUUAAAAGAGGCAACCGUGGAAGACCGAGGACAACAUGAGACAGUGAUUCCAAGCGAACUGCCCCUCGUUCAAGAGCUCACAUCCACACUGAGGGAAUGGGCAGUCAUCUGGCACAAGCUCUAUGUGGACAACAAGGUGUCCCAAUUUCGGCACCUGCAGCAAAUGAUCUAUAGCCUGAUAGAAUGGCGGUCGCAGUUCCUUUCUGGAACCCUUCCCAAAGAUGAGCUGGCAGAACUCAAGAAGAAGGUCACUGCUAAAAUUGACUAUGGCAACAGGAUUUUAGGGCUGGAUCUGGUGGUGCGUGAUGACAAUGGAAACAUCCUGGACCCGGAUGAAACCAGCACGAUCGCUCUCUUUAAAUCUCAUGAGAUGGCAUCCAAAAGGAUUGAUGAAAGGAUCCAAGAGGAGAAGUCUCUGCAACAGAAUUUAGAGCUCCGAGGGCAGCCGGUCUUCAACUCCACCCACAGCUACAGCCUGUAUGUGAACUUCAAGAACUUCGUCUGCAACAUCGGUGAAGAUGCAGAGCUGCUCAUGAGCCUCUAUGAUCCUGAGCAGUCGAAACUGAUUAGUGAAAACUACCUGGUUCGAUGGGGCAGUAACGGGAUGCCAAAGGAAAUUGAGAAACUUAAUAAUCUCCAAGCGAUCUUUACAGACCUCAGCACCUCUGAUCUGAUCAAGCCUAAAAUCAGCUUGGUGUGUCAGAUUGUGAGAGUGGGCCACAUGGAGCUCAAAGAGGGGAAGAAACACACCUGUGGACUCCGGAGACCAUUUGGCGUGGCAGUGAUGGAUAUUACUGAUAUCAUACACGGGAAGGUGGAUGACGAGGAAAAACAACACUUUAUUCCUUUUCAGCAAAUCGCCAUGGAAACCUACAUCCGGCAGCGACAGUUAAUCAUGUCCCCUCUGAUGACUUCCCAUGUGAUCGGAGAGAAUGAGCCUCUUACGUCGGUCUUCAACAAAGUCAUCGCUGCAAAGGAAGUGAAUCAUAAGGGGCAAGGCCUGUGGGUGUCCCUGAAGCUGUUACCAGGAGACCUAGCCCAAGUUCAGAAGGAUUUUUCACACCUUGUCGACCGAUCGACUGCAGUGGCUCGCAAAAUGGGAUUCCCUGAGAUUAUUCUGCCUGGUGAUGUUCGGAAUGACAUCUACAUCACUCUGAUACAAGGGGAGUUUGACAAAGGGAAGAAGAAGACACCCAAGAAUGUUGAGGUCACCAUGUCGGUGCAUGAUGAAGAUGGCAACCGCAUAGAGAAAGCUAUCCAUCCAGGGGCUGGUUAUGAAGGGAUCUCCGAGUACAAGUCAGUUGUUUACUAUCAAGUCAAGCAGCCUUGUUGGUAUGAAACCGUAAAGGUGUCGAUUGCAAUUGAAGAGGUCAGCCGUUGUCAUCUGAGGUUUACUUUCCGUCACCGAUCAUCACAGGAAUCCAGGGAUAAAUCCGAGAGAGCUUUCGGGGUGGCCUUUGUGAAACUGAUGAAUGCGAAUGGAACAACUCUGCAGGAUGGCAGGCACAAUUUAGUCAUUUACAAGGGCGACAACAAGAAAAUGGAAGACGCCAAAUUCUACUUAACUCUUCCUGGCACAAAAGUGGAGGAGGAAAAGGAUGGGCCCCCUGGCAAAAACCUUCACCACUUGGCCAACUUCACACCCUCCAAGGACAGCACGAAGGACAGCUUCCAGAUCGCCACGCUUAUCUGCUCCACCAAACUGACCCAGAAGGUUGACCUGCUGGGUUUGCUGAACUGGCGUUCCAACUCUCAACACAUAGCGCACAAUCUAAAGAGGCUGAUGGAUGUGGAAGGAGGAGAAAUUGUAAAGUUCUUACAAGACACCCUUGAUGCACUUUUCAACAUAAUGAUAGAGAUGUCGGACAAUGAAACCUAUGACUUCCUUGUGUUCGACGCACUGGUGUUUAUUAUUUCUCUGAUCGGAGACAUCAAGUUCCAGCAUUUUAACCCUGUACUUGAAACUUACAUUUACAAGCACUUCAGCACCACCCUGGCGUAUGUGAAACUCUCCAAAGUACUGAACUAUUACGUGGGGAAUGCAGAGGACUCCAGCAAGACAGAAUUGCUGUUCGCUGCCCUGAAAGCCUUGAAGUAUCUGUUCCGAUUCAUCGUCCAGUCACGGAUCCUGUACCUGAGGUUUUAUGGGCAGGGUGAAGACGGGGAUGAGUUUAACAACGCAAUCCGAAAGUUGUUUUUCUCCUUCAACAUUCUCAUGGACCGACCGCUACAGGAGGCUGUCAAGAUUAAGGGUGCAGCGUUAAAAUACUUACCAAGCAUCAUCAAUGAUCUCAAAUUGGUAUUUGAUCCGGUUGAACUCAGUGUCCUCUUCAGCAAAUUUAUCCAGAGCAUCCCUGACAACCAGUUAGUUCGGCAGAAACUCAACUGCAUGACCAAGAUAGUGGACAGUGAUCUGUUCAAACAAUCCGAAUGCAGGGACGCGCUCCUGCCUCUCGUAAUAGAUCAGCUAAGUGGCCAGCUGGAUGACAACUCAAACAAACCUGACCACGAGGCCUGUGCUCAACUCCUUAGCAACAUUCUAGAAGUGCUCAAUCGGAAGGAUGUGGGGCCCACGGCUGUUCACAUCCAGAUGAUCAUGGAGCGCCUGCUGAGGCGGAUAAACCGGACGGUGAUUGGGAUGAGCAGACAGUCUCUGCAUAUCGGUAGCUUUGUAGCCUGCAUGACAGCCAUCCUGAGACAGAUGGACGAUUUCCACUAUAACCACUACAUCAGCACUUUCAAAACCAGACAGGAUAUUAUCGACUUUCUGAUGGAAACCUUCAUCAUGUUUAAGGAUCUGAUAGGAAAGAAUGUCUAUGCGAGCGACUGGAUGGUGAUGAACAUGAUGCAGAGCAGGGUUUUCCUCCGAGCCGUGAACCAAUUUACAUCUGUGCUCAACCGAUUCUUUCUGGAUCAAGCAAAUUUCGAACUCCAGCUCUGGAACAAUUACUUCCACUUGGCAGUAGCUUUCCUCACUCACGAAUCUCUCCAGCUGGAGACCUUCUCACAGGCCAAACGCAACAAAAUUGUCAAGAAGUAUGGAGACAUGAGGAAAGAGAUUGGCUUCAAAAUCAGGGAUAUGUGGUAUAAUCUGGGCCCCCAUAAGAUCAAGUUCAUCCCAUCAAUGGUGGGCCCGAUCCUGGAGGUGACUCUGACACCUGAGCCCGAGCUGCGGAAAGCUUCCAUCCCCAUCUUCUUUGACAUGAUGCAGUGCGAGUUCAACUUCAGCGGGAACCGAAACUUCCAUAUGCUUGAAAACGAGUUAAUAACCAAACUAGACCAGGAAGUGGAAGGGGGCCGAGGGGACGAGCAAUACAAGGCCUUGCUGGAGAAACUCCUGCUGGAACACUGCCGGAAGCACAAGUACCUGUCCAGUUCGGGGGAAGUGUUUGCUUUGCUGGUCAGCAGCCUGCUAGAAAACCUCUUGGACUAUAGGACCAUCAUGCACGAUGGAAGCAAGGAGAACCGUAUGAGCUGCACGGUCAAUGUGCUGAAUUUUUAUAAGGAGAAGAAACGAGAGGAUAUAUACAUCAGGUAUCUGUAUAAACUCCGGGACCUACACACGGACUGUGAGAACUUCACAGAGGCGGCAUACACUCUCCUCCUCCACGCAGAACUCCUUCAGUGGUCCGAUAAGCCCUGUGCUCCCUAUCUGCUGCAGAGGGACAGCUACUACGUGUAUUCACAACAGGAACUCAAGGAGAAACUCUACCAAGAAAUUAUCGCUUUCUUCGACAAGGGCAAAAUGUGGGAGAAGGCAAUCCAGCUAAGCAAAGAGUUGGCUGACAUGUAUGAGAACAAAGUCUUUGAUUAUGAGGGGCUAAGUAAUCUUUUGAAAAAACGUGCCACAUUUUAUGAGAAUAUUAUGAAGGCGAUGAGACCUCAGCCCGAGUAUUUUGCUGUUGGGUAUUAUGGGAUGGGUUUCCCCUCAUUCCUCCGGAAUAAAAUCUUUAUCUACCGUGGCAAGGAGUAUGAACGGAGAGAAGACUUCAACUUGAAAUUGCUGACCCAGUUUCCAAACGCUGAGAAGAUGACCAGCACUGCCCCUCCAGGAGAGGAGAUCAAGUCUUCCCCUAAACAGUAUGUGCAGUGCUUUAUAGUGAAGCCUGUGAUGAACCUGCCACCCAACUAUAAAGACAAGCCUGUUCCGGAGCAGAUUUUAAACUACUACAGAGCCAAUGAGGUGCAGCAGUUCACAUAUUCCCGGCCAUUCAGGAAAGGAGAAAAAGAUCCAGAGAACGAAUUUGCGACGAUGUGGAUCGAACGAACGACCUACACCACCGCCUAUGUGUUCCCCGGCAUCCUCAAGUGGUUUGAAGUCAAGCAGGUUACGACGGAGGAGAUCAGCCCCUUGCAGAACGCCAUCGAAACCAUGGAGCUAACCAACGAGCGAAUCAGCAACAGCGUCCAGCAGCACGCCUGGGACCGGAGCCUGCCUGUGCACCCCCUCUCCAUGCUGCUGAACGGCAUCGUGGACCCCGCCGUCAUGGGGGGCUACACCAACUAUGAAAAGGCCUUUUUCACAGAGAAGUAUAUCCAAGAACAUCCUGAAGAACAAGAUAAAAUUGAACUACUUCAGCAAUUAAUUGCUUUACAGAUGCCUUUGCUGGCUGAGGGGAUUAGGAUUCACGGUGCGAAACUGACUGAGCAGCUAAAGCCUCUGCAUGACAGGCUGACAACCUGCUUCAAGGAGCUGAAGAUGAAAGUGGAGAAGCUCUACGGUGUGAUAACUCUGCCUCCCUCCCUGACAGAGAGAAAGCAGAGCAGAUCGGGCUCCGUGGUAUUACCCUACAUCAUGUCCUCCACGCUGAGGCGGCUGUCUAUCACCUCUGUGACUUCCUCUGUGGUAUCUACAUCCUCCACCUCGUCUGACAGCACCUCCUCCAGGCCAGGAUCUGACGGAUCCAUUCUCGAGCCUCUCUUGGAGAGAAGGAUGUCAUCAGCUUCCAAGGCUGAAGAGCUGCCUGCCAAAGAAGACCCCGAUAACCGGAUUAACAAAUUCAAGCGGAAGGAUCGGAGUGUUAGCAAGUCUCAGGUGAUUGUGGAGAAGGAGCCAGAAGCCGAACUGACUUCCAAAAUGAACGCAUCCGGAAAAGUGCAGAGACCAAAGAGUCUUCCGUUAGGAGACGGAAAACUGACACUGCUUCAAAGCUCCUCACUCCAGCAGCCAACACCGCUCAGUCCGCCCCCAAUCACACCGAAAACCCCAAGAACCCACAGUUUUCCCUCAUUGCAGGCUGAUGGAUUGGCAACUGCUAACUUCCAGAGCACCCCGCCCCCACCUCCGCCCAAGAGCAAACCCUAUGAGAAUAGCAACUCGCGGAACUCCGUAGAGAUUGCCCCGCCACUGCCCAGCAGGCGUGAAGUCAAACCUCCCCCUCCGCCUCCGAAAGCGAGAAAAUCCAGCGUGAUCUCUUCGGAGCAGGGAUCGCAAUAAGGGUCUCACACCUGGAGCAAAAUGGGCUGCUGGAUCUUUCCAGCCCUAGAGACUGAUCUCAUCCCCCAUUCCUUUCCCUGGGAAUUUCUCCAGAUCGUUCCAGAAUAAGCCACGUGAACGGUCUACCCUUCGCAUUCCCAAAUCUCUGAUUUUCCUGGCACGCAUUAAGACACUAAGCCCUACGGGGACCCUUGUGAGUUUUAAAAUGGAGGCAGCGUUACCGGAAAUCUGAAACUCCCCCACCCCAAAAGGCCUAGUCUGUGGCGUAGUGGUUCCUCCCGUGAACCUGCGGCAGUGCAAACCCCUUGUGCAGAGGGGCAGCGCUGGUGUAAACAGGUAAGCCACAGUGAUGCACAACGCUGAAACUGCCCUGGCAGUUGGGGCCUACGCAGCUGCACCCGUGGGGGAGGGGAGGCAAAGGAGAGCUCUGACUGGUGUGGAAUGGAAGAGACGACAGCUGGUCCCAUCUGGGAAGUGCGGCCCCUAGAGACGCUAGGUGCCGCCAUGUGAUGCUGCGCCUCAUUGAAGUGGCCUUAGGAGGUUCUGAUUGUGUCCUGAGAUCGGCUGGGAGCAAAAAUGAACGUCACUGGCUGAGCCCUAUUGUAUCUGCUGGGUGCCCCUUUGUGGUGAAGGUGAGGGCGGGUUGCCCCCACGUGGGCCAGCAACGGGGGUAGCUCGCUCCCAGGGGAGAGCUUGUGCCCGCCGCACCCCUCGCUGCUGGUUCCUGUUGGAACACGGCCACGCGGUUGGCGCUGCACUUUGUCCCAGCCAGCGUGCCCACGGGCCACCAUGCACUGCAUCUUGUUUGAGGAACGGUGGUAACGUCCUCUCUUCCACGGGACUCGCUGCUUUAGCAUCGCCAGGCUGCUGCUACUAUGGGCAGCUCAGCAAGAGGGGCAGACGUUACGUCUGUAGUGUGUGAGACGACCCUGACAUGGCCGCAGCUAGCCCAGGUCAGCCGAGCCAGGUUCAUAGGGCUUGGGCAAUGGGGCUAUAAGAUUGCAGCGCCGACAUUCAGGGUGGGGCUGGAGCCUACAGUGGGGGAAGGUCCCAAGGCAAAAUGUCAACACUGCUAUUGAUUGCCCCCCAGCUCAAGCCCAAGCUAAGUGGCUUUAACAAGCGUGAAAAUCGGGGCCCUUUUUUCAGGGGAAGGGAUUCUUGUCUAUACAAGACCAGGCCCCAACUAUCAGAUUGCGUCUGGUCAGCCUAGUUGACCUGGGCUCUCUGAGGCUUGGUGCUGUGGAUUUUUAUCACAAUACAGAUCUGACUCUCAUAAACCAAGCGGCAUAGCCUGUCAAAUCCCAAUGAUCUGUCUUGGCCAACAGCACACGCUCUGUUAUCACAACUCUUGUGCCUUUUGUCCCUGAGCUUCCAUUGUAUUCGACACACAAAACGCUUGCCCUAACUCAGGGGUUCUCAAACUUUGUGAUACCGCGACCCCCCUCUAAGUUGCUCGCGACCCCCUGAGGGGUCGGGACCCACAGAUUGAAAAACACGGCCUUACCUUGUACCAAUCACUAAACUCAAAGGAGUCAGACCUAGUCCUGAGAGGGCCAUGAAAGACUGGGCAGUUAACCCUGAAGUUUCUGAUUUCUUGGAUGACUCUAGUUCCUUGUGAGUGGCAUGUGCUGAAUGUGACAAUUUUGCUGCUGUUCAUCUUUCCGUAAAAAAUCUCCGGAGGUAUCCAGAACAGAGAGGCAGUCAGCCUGUGAAGUCCAGGUCUGGAUCCAAACUUGUUGAAAGAUCAGAGGGGUCUUUGAGUCUGGGGAUUUAGCUCAACCCAUCAGAGAAAGGAGCCAGCUGAGGUGUUCAGACUGGGUACAUAUCUAAAGUUUGGUUUCGGGGUGCCUGGAUCCUGAGUUUUGGUUUGGGCCCAUUUCUAAUCAGGAAAGGGUUAUCUGAGAAGUCAGACCAGAUCUGAAGCUGGGGUAAAUCAGGGUCGCCUUGUUUACUUCACUUGAGCUAAGCUAUCUUGCACCAGAUGAGGCCCAUAGCCCGAUUCUGAUCUUAGUUACACCAGGGUAACGCGACUGACUUCAGUGGAGACAUUCCUGAUUUAAAGAAAAGGAAAGCAAGCUUGAGUCCCAUGACUUUGCAGCAGGAAAAGUGCAAGCAAAACUGUGGGAUAUGGGGGUUUCUAUCCUUGGUUCUUCUGAGAAAUAAUUAUGCUCAUUAACCCUAACUGCCAUCAUGAUCCACAGAGAGCGGCAGUCAAUGGGCAUCUUUCCAGAGAAUAUAGUAGGCUUGGCUCAAGCCCUGAGUCAUCUCGCUUGUCCAGCUUUAUAGGCUGUGACCGUAAUUCUUGUUAUCUUGUUUCAUGAAUCAGUCCCUCCAGCUCCCGCUCAUUUUCAUCACUCUGAAGUCUGUCCAUAAUUUUUUGAUCACGUGGUCCUCUGGAUAGCUGAGGUCAAUUUUUAAAAAUGAGUGCUUGCUCUUUUUCGUAAAUGAAAGAACUAGGGGGACCAUAUUCAUAGAAUCCUAGGGCUGGAAGAGACCCUAGGAGGUCAUCGAGUCCAGCCCCCUGCCCAAGGCAGGACCAAUCCCAACUAAACCAUCCCAGCCAGGGCUUUGUCAAGCCGAGACUUAAAAAUC